AUGAUGAAAUUCAAGGUUGACUUCACGGGAGCCGGCAGCUCAGGCGGAAAAGACGACGACAAGCCUAUACUGACCUUGGGCACGGCCAAGCUCAAAGUCGACGAGGAAAACAAAACAGCCACCUUCAUAGUCGACCAGUCCAAGCUCCCUGCUCGUCCCUACAGCUCCGAGCCCGAACCGAUCACCGUGGGCCCGGAAGACCCUACGGACUUGCGACAAGUCUUCCAGAAGGUGGAGACCACCGAAGGCAUCAUCAACAAUGUGGUCAAGAUGUUCGACGCUCUACUCACAAAAGGCCACGAGCGCGAGGCUGCGGAGAUGCAUGCUCAGAUCGACCAGGGUCUCAUGCCGGAGGUGGUGACCUACACAGGCGUCAUGGAGGAGUACGCCGGCGCCGGCAAGACAGUGGAUGUUCUCAAGGUGUACCAGCGCAUGUUGGACUACGGGAUCAACCCUAACAGCUAUACUUACAGGGUUCUCAUCAAGGCGCUGGCGGAAGAUCCGGACUCGAAGUUUCUCGGAGAUGCGAAGAAGUACCUGAUGGAAAUGAUGGACGUGUGUUUGCGGCCCGAUGCGGUUGCGUACACGGCUGUGUUUAAGGCGUUUGCUCGGCGGGAGAAGGCGGCGGAGGGGAGGAGGUUUUUGGAGGAGAUGAAGGGGAAGGGGUUUGUGGCGGACGAGAAGGAAGUGAGGGAGGUUCUCAAGGGCAGAAGAGGACGUUUGGCUAAGAAAGUCAUCAAUCUUCUAUUUGGCAAGUAG